AUUCCGGGUCAAGGGACAAAUGGUGUCUUUUCUUCAAGCGUGCGAUUGAUACGUGAAAAAAGACAACCAUGUCAUCUAUAGAGGAGAAUUUUCCAAGAGGUGGUAUACAGAAGAAAGGACAGGAAGAAAAAGCAGUCAGACAACCAACAGUUGAAGAAGAUAAUUUAUUCAAGACUCAACAUGAAGAAGUAACUCGGAAAAGAAAGAAAAAAUAUGAAGAUCAAAAGGAACCAAAAAAACUUAAGUCUGAGAAGAAAGCUGUUACAAAAACCAGUGCUAAAGAUUUUGAACUUUUGUCAGCAGAGUCUCUUACAGAGGGAACACUGCUGUUAGGAUGUGUGAAAAAGAGUAAUCAGUUUGAUCUGGUGAUCAACUUGCCAAAUGGUCUUACUGGAUUUGUGAAAAUAACUUGCAUAUGUGAUGCCUAUAAUGAAUUGCUAAAUAAGCAGGUGGCCACUGAUGAGCCUGUGGAGGAACUGAAUUCUCUCUCAGACUUGUUCCCUCCAGGAAUGUUGGUAAGAUGUGCUGUGGUAGGCACAGAGAAGAAAUCUGUGGGACAUCAGAAGAUACACUUAACCAUUAAUCCAAGCGAUGUCAACAAAGGUUUGAAUCCUACAGUUGUGAAAGAGGGCAUGCUACUCUCUGGAUGCGUAACUAGUAUAGAAGACCAUGGUUACAUUAUUGAUAUAGGUAUUCCUGGAACAAAAGCGUUUCUUCCUCGGCAGAAAGCCCAGGGCUAUCUGCAAUCACUCAACAAAGGAACUGAACUAAAGAUAGGGCAAUAUCUGAACUGCCUUAUUGAAGAAGUGAAGAACGGUGGAAGAAUAAUCCGCGUAUCCAUCAAUCAGUCUGAGGUUGCUUCAGCCGUUGCCACAGAAAAACAAAACUGGUCACUCGCCAACUUGCUACCUGGGCUAGUGGUGAAAGCCCAGGUUCAGGAGGUGACUUCUUCUGGAAUUUCUUUAAGUUUUCUCUCUUCCUUUACUGGAAUUGUGGAUUUCAUGCACACAAAUUCUCUAAAAACAAGACUUUUCUCACCAAAUCAGAUGGUGAAAGCCUGCAUUCUUUCAAAUAAUCCUGCUUCCAAGGCAAUUCGCCUUUCUUUGCGCCCAGUUUUCCUUCAGCCUGGCAUCCAGCUUAGCCAACUUUCCAAUGAUCGGAUUGGUGUGGUAGUAGCAGACUCAAAAGUAGAGAUGUUUUUCAAAAACAUUGGUGCUGUUUUCAUGCUGGAUGAUGGCAGUCAUGCUUUUUCACAUAUAAAGUAUCUUCCAAAGACUUCCAAAUCUUUCAAAACUGAGGUGUUUAAGCCUGGAAGUAAACAUACAUGUCGAAUUAUUGACUACAGCUUGAUAGAUGACAUGAUCAUAGUGUCUCUCAAAAA